AUGCCUUUCGUGUCUAAGAUCGAGUCGCUGCCCUUGCAGAAAUGCAGCGUCCUGGAUUUUCUGUUCCCAGCCGAUCAACCUGUAUCCGAUAAGCCCCUGUGGAUCGAUGCCGCCGACACAUCGCAUUGGAACUCUCCAAAGAGUGCUCUGGCUUUGGCCAAGCGGUUUGGGUACGGCCUCCAGCAAUUGGGCGUCCAGUUCGAGGAUAGAUGCUUGCUCUUCACACCCAAUCAUAUCAUGGUUCCGGUAUCGUAUUUUGGCGUGGUGGGCAUUGGUGCUGCUUUCUCUGGAGCCAACCCGACAUUCACUGAGAAAGAAUUGGAAUACCAAAUCACAAUCUUGCAGCCGAAAAUUCUGCUUGUGCAUCCAUCCCUGAUUCCCACCGCGAAGGCUGCCGCCGCCAAAGCAGCGGUCCCGGGUAUGAGACUGUAUGUCUUCUCAGACCGUGAGACAGGAACUAUCGACGGUCUUCCAGAUUGGAGAGUCAUCCUCGGCACUCCUGAGCAAGGUGAGCAGUGGCAAUGGAGGAAGCUCCCUGGGGAAGAGGCCGUGAACACUAUUGCAGCCAUCAACUUCUCGUCCGGUACCACUGGAUUGCCCAAGGGCGUCUGUGUGUCUCAUUUCAACGUGGUGUCGAAUGUCAUGCAGAUCAAAUCUCUCUACGACUUCGAACCUUCGGAGAAAUGGGCGGGAUUCCUGCCACUCUACCACGCCUAUGGACAGUGCUACGCUAUCCUCAUGGCAACAAUCAACCAUAUUCCCAUGCUCAUCAUCAGCAAAUUCGAGUUUGUCGAGUAUCUCCGCAUCAUCCAGGACCACAAGAUCACCCGCUUACAGACCGUUCCACCGAUUCUAAUCAUGCUAAAUAAGAGGCCAGAGACGGCGAACUACGAUCUGAGCAGCGUCAAGGAGAUCCUAUGUGGAGCCGCACCCGUCUCAAGAGAGCUCGAGGCCCAGGUGUCCAAGAAAUUCAACGUUCGCAUCACGCAGGGAUGGGGCAUGACUGAGACGACGUGCGCCGUGUCUGGAGUGCCGUACUAUGAAAAGCACCGAACCGGCUCCGUGGGUGUUGUCAUGCCGAACACCGAGGUGAAGAUCAUGACAGAUGAUGGCAGGGAGGCAAGUAUAGGGGAAGCGGGAGAACUCUACGUCCGCGGCCCGCAGGUUUGCCUGGGGUACUGGAAGAAUCCACAAGCGACGCUCGACUCAUUCGACCCUGUGACCGGGUGGCUAAAGAGCGGUGAUGUAGCAGUGAUGAACGCUGACGGACAUAUGGCGAUCGUGGAUCGAAAGAAGGAAUUGAUCAAGGUGCAGGCUCUUCAAGUGUCGCCCGCGGAGGUCGAAGCGGCCCUGAUUGAACAUCCCGACAUUGCCGACGCCGGCGUAGUCGGCAUUACCUUUGACGACAGCGAAUGGCCGAGAGCGUACGUGGCUCUCAAGGAAGAGUCUCGUGGGAAAGUCACGGAGAGGGAGAUCCAGGAGUGGCUGAACGUUCGGGUGUCGAAGCACAAGCGUCUCGUUGGAGGUGUUGCGUUCAUCCCUGAAGUGCCUCGUCUGCCUAGCGGCAAGAUCCAAAGGAAGGUCAUGAAGGAAUGGGCCAAGCGGGACGCGAUGACAGUGUUCAAUUCGAGGCCCAAGCUUUGA